AUGGCCACCCAAACACCUCGUGUACUAGAUAUUAAACAAUAUAAUGACGGAACAGGUGCAAUAAUAGUUCAAAUAAUUCGUAAAAAUGCUUCUAUGACUCCCCCAACUGGUUUCGUCUGUGUUGAAUCGUUGUUAUCAUUACGCAUUAUACAUCAAAACGGAAGCGUGACAGAAAUUGACGUUGACUUAGGGCUUCAGUAUAUAAAUUAUUGUUUUGGCGGUGAUACAUCCGUAAGGCCUAUUCGACCUUAUCCGUUAUAUAAUGAGCACAUUUUAGUGACGUACACGAAUGCCACAGAUGAAAAUAAUGUUUCAACAUAUAGCGAAUGGGGAAUGAUUAUUAAUUGGAGUGGAAAUGUUUUGAGCUCAAUACGCUUUGGGCAAUCAUACGUGAACCCAGACACUAAUGUUUGGGGUCUUAAUAAAGCCGCCAUAAGAAUAAAUAUUGAUCCCAAGCAAGGAUUUCUCCGUCUUUCUCAAAUAACUAGACAAGCCAAUUCAGAAUGGCAGCAGUAUGCAGUUGAUGCUAAUGGUCAAAUCUCAUUAUUAUCUAGAGAUAUACUUCAGGAAUACGGGAAUAUUAGUACAUCAAUUGCUACCACAGAUGGAGGUUAUGCCAUUGUGUAUGCCAAUAGUACCAAUAACAUUAACAUAAGUGAUGACCCAUUUAUGGCGCGUGCGGGAAUGUAUGCUAUAUUUUUGGCACGUAAUCAACCAAAUACUGGCAUUCCUUAUGCACUAUACCAAUCUUCAUUGCCAAAUUUAAAUACUACUGUUGUAAGAUGUUCUGUCGACUAUACUGGUAUCGGGCAUAUAUGUACAUUAACCAUAGCACGAGCUACUACAAAUUUUACAAACGCAAACGCCACAGAUUCUCUCAUCACUCCCCUUUUUAGCCCAUUUUAUAUAAAAGUUCGUUUUCUCUCCUCAGGAUCAGUAAUAUCCUUAUCUACAAUUCAAAAACUGAAUCCUGAUCCAAACAUUAUUGAAUAUAGUGUCGAUUCACUGGUUUAUGGAGGUUAUGUAUUAACGACUUAUAGACCAACAACCCCCACUACUUUAGGUUUUUUUCUUUAUUUGUUUAAUGAAUUGGAUCAACAAGUUACUUGGGAGUUACCUGAACCUCAAUCCACUAAUUUUGCCGGUAUUCAUUAUGUUUUAAGUAACAAUACUCUUUUGCUAGCUCAACUUGAAACUCCAACUUCUUGGAGUCUUCUUGUAAAUGAUUUGCCAAGAUUUGUCGGAAAUCAGGGUAAAAACAAUUUAAUUUGUUAUCAUGUAAACUCUUCAGAUCCAGGAAUAAAUUCCACUAUUUCAUCGAAUAUCUCUAGUAUUUCUAUCACAUUUUACGAUCAAGUUGAUCUAUCGGAAGGAAAUAUUACUAUAUAUCAAAUUAUUGAUUCUGAUAAUGCGAUCGUUCGACAAGUUGUUUCCGGUAACAAUAAUCAAUAUUGUACUCUUUCCUCCGAUGGCAAGAGUGUGAUUAUCAAUGUGAUACCUAGCGCUUUCAAUAGUCCUGGCCAACAAUAUUAUGUGCAAAUUGAUAACAAUUUCGUAAGAAGUCGAUCGUUUAAAGAACCUCUUCUGGGUAUUCAACCUCCUCCUUUGGAGAAUUUCACGCGCGCAGCGGAUACGACUGGACUGCUAUGCCUAACAACAAUUGGAACUCAGAUGUUUCGUCAAAUGAACAGCAGUGCUAAAUCAGCCUUUUUUAAGUCUUUAAAAAGUGAACUUUCUCAGAUUAUUCCUGUGAAACCAGAAAGAUUAAGUUCGAAUGAAAAUUCUCAAGCUAUAAGUGGUGGAACACCUUCAGAACAAGCCCUAAUUUCGCUUACUAUUAGUGAUUCAAAGAAUAAUACAGAUCGAAGUGUUCCCUUAGUUAUACAAGAUUUAAACACAAUGAUAGGAAAUAUUGAUGUUACUUUGAUAUCUGCUGGGAAUGUUACAAAAUAUUUAGAUAAAAAUUAUGGAUUUAAAGGUCAAAAUAUUGCUAUUCUUCAACUUGGUUUAAUCGUAUUUGAUUUGGUUGUCCAUUUACUUUUUGUCAUCGAAAAUUCAAAUGACAUUCCAUGGCUUUAUAUUCCAAGUCUUGUCUUUUUAGUUGCUCCUAUUGGACUGAACGUAAUCAUAGCAUUUUGGAUUAUUAUGAAUGAAAACACUAACCAAAAAUUCUUUACGUGGUUUAUUAAUCAUGGAAAAGUGGUUUCGGUAUUUACAUUAUUGGCAGCUUCUGAUAUUGAAGCAUUAAGGAUUCUACAAUCAAAUAUAGCAGGGUUUCAGUUCUUUCAAGCUCCAUUUUCUAAAACUGCAUUGUCUAGAAUUUUUUGGAGUGCAUGUUUAAAUAUUUUCAUAGAAGAUAUACCUCGGGUGGUUAUUCAGACCAUUUAUUUCAGAUAUACUGUAGUAUAUGAUCUUAUUCCCUUGCUUGCUCUAGUGUCCUCAUGCAUAACUCUUGUGGUCAACAUAAUUGGCCGUAUAUAUGAAGGAACUUCCAGACUUCGUCACCAAGACAUCCCAACUAUCACAAAAUCAGAUGAUGACGAUGGUAAAGGAAAGAGUGGGGAUCAUGAAAAAGAUGAAUAUAAUAAGUAUAAAACACCUGGUGAUGACUACACAAAAGAGGAUAAUUCUUGGAACAAUACUAAUACUAGAGCAUCUGUUGCUAGUAGUGAGGGUACCAGAGUGAGCGGUGACUAUAAAGCAUCUAAAUCAAGUUUUCAAGAAUCGAUUUAA